GUGAGAUUCUUUCUCCCAAAGUUGCAAGCUUUAUUCACUAUAAUCAACAACAAUCCAUCUCUCUUCUUCAUUAUCAUCAAUUCCAAUACAUUUGAUUGAUUAUGGCAGAUAAGCCUAGCAGAGCACUGGUAUUAUAUGGUGACGGGUUAGCCCGAUCCAUUGACCCGUCUCAUACCCACCUCCAUUCUUUUACUUCUCGAGCUUGCUGUGGCUUCUUGUCUCUUCCUAACUCUCCUCCUUCAGAAACUGAGGAUGCAAGAAUUGUCAGAGAAUUUGCUGAGCUAGUGGAUGCAAGUGAAGCUUAUCUUGCCCUGAAUGGGGAAGAAUCUUCUGAAGCUCAAUCUCAGGAGAAGCAUGUAGCAGCAACCAUAUCGGAGAGGUUUAUGGGGAUGAAAGCUGCUGUCAUCACUGAAAAUUUAAGACUGAAGAGUUUCUGCAAUAAGCUUGGCUUCACCGUCUUAGAGCUCAAUGAGGUAAUUAGUAACAUUAAUAACCAGGUCGAUUCAUCUGCCUUAGCCUCCGAAUUGUUCAAGUUGCUGGGGUUUCAAGAAGGGAAGACCUUAGAGUCUAGCCAAUUUGAUUUGGUUAUUCUUCACGUUGGAGCUGGUCAAACGACAAAUUGCCUCAAAGACUUGGAUCUUGUCAAUCGAUUGGUUGGUAAUUUGGUGCAAAUGGCACAUCCUGGAACGGAAGUAGGUUCUAGGUUGCACAUGUCAGUUCUGUUGAGCUAUGGUGCUGUUCAUGAGUCUGAUGAUUCCACGUUUUCUAUUUCUGACAGUAGGCAAGAGAAUAAUUCUAAACUCUCUCUUAUUUUCCCUCGUCAAAGUUAUACAAUUAAAGAAGGAAAACCACGACCAAAUGUUAGGCAGCAUUGCCCCAUAUUAGUGGCCCAGUGGCAGAAUGCUGUCACUCGGAAGGAUAUGGCAGAAGCAUAUUCAUACGAGGAUUUCAAAGAGCAUGGCGCAAACCUUGUGAUUCCAACAGAUAGAUUUCUACAUGAAGUGGCAUUCAAGCUUUGGAAGGCUCCAAAAUACGGAGCAUGAGGUAGAACUGCAGAGAAAACAUUGGUAAAAGAUGUCUGAAUUUCCUGAAUUCAGCUUUGUCAUUUUGGACCUUUGUUUUGAUGAAGGGGCUAGAUCAUCAGCGGAGAUGUUUCUGAUCGCCAGAAACUCUAUAUUCUUCCGGGAAUAACUAGAACUAAUAAUCAGUCAACCCAAUUGUAAUGGCAUCUCUCUCGGUUGUCGUUUCUAACUUAUUGGGUGUAUAAUGUACUCUUUUGGGUGACACAAUCAGUCUAAUUCUAUUGUUUUUUUCCUGAGAUAUUGUGGUGAUAGAAA